CUGGUGUAUGUAGCGGGGAUCGAACCGGCUAACACUACCACAUCAGUGUGAAGAUGGCGGAGGGCGAAUUGAACGUGGACAGCCUCAUCUCUCGGCUCCUGGAAGUACGAGGAUGUCGCCCAGGAAAGAUAGUCCAGAUGAGCGAGUCAGAGGUGCGAGGCCUCUGCAUCAAAUCCAGGGAGAUCUUCCUCAGUCAGCCCAUCCUGCUGGAGCUCGAGGCUCCGCUGAAGAUCUGUGGUGACAUCCAUGGGCAAUACACAGACCUACUGAGGCUGUUUGAGUAUGGGGGUUUCCCUCCAGAGGCCAACUACCUUUUCCUGGGUGACUACGUGGACAGAGGGAAGCAGUCUCUGGAAACCAUCUGCCUUCUGCUGGCCUACAAGAUCAAAUACCCAGAGAACUUCUUCCUGCUCAGGGGCAACCACGAGUGCGCUUCCAUCAACCGCAUCUACGGCUUCUACGAUGAGUGCAAGCGUAGGUUCAACAUUAAGUUGUGGAAGACCUUCACCGACUGCUUUAACUGCCUCCCUAUCGCUGCUAUCAUUGAUGAGAAGAUCUUCUGUUGCCAUGGAGGGCUAUCGCCUGAUUUGCAGUCAAUGGAGCAGAUUCGCAGGAUCAUGAGGCCAACAGACGUGCCUGAUACAGGUCUGGACCUCAUCUGCAGAGCCCACCAGGUUGUGGAGGAUGGCUAUGAGUUCUUUGCCAAACGCCAACUGGUCACACUCUUCUCCGCUCCAAACUACUGCGGGGAGUUCGACAAUGCAGGCGGCAUGAUGAGUGUGGAUGAAUCCCUCAUGUGCUCCUUCCAGAUCCUAAAGCCCUCGGAGAAGAAGGCCAAGUAUCAGUACGGUGGUGUAAAUUCUGGUCGUCCCGUCACCCCACCCCGCACCGCCCAAGCCCCUAAGAAGAGGUGAACGCACCGCCUGAUCUCUCACCCGCUCCGUCCCUGGUCUGCCACCAUGGCGACCCCUGUAACUCCCCUGUAUAGCGAAGAUACAGGGCUUAUCUAAUUGCCCAAAUCUUUCUCCUCUUUCUUCCCCCACUCACACAACCUUCCCAAAAUCCACUGACAGCUCUUUUCUUAAUGUGUAUGUGUACAUAAAUUUGCUGUGACCAAUCUCUUUUUUUUUGCCUGUUUGUUGGUAUUUUUGAUAUUAUUAACAGAGUUUGUGGUUUUACUUCCAAUGCCAUUUAAAGUUUUCUGAGGGUCUGUGUUGUCUCUGCGAAGAGGGACAGAGUGAUUGAGUUAGAGGAAGUCUUUUUGAGUUUGACAAAAACACAGUAGAGAUUAAACAUUGUUGUUGUUUUUGCCUUGACCUCUGAAAGCAGAGAAAAUCCUUCCAAUGUGUUACAAUGAGACUGAGGUCCUUAGACACGAUAACAUUUCUUAUAUUCCGGUUUAACUGUUUGAAACAUUAUUACUGCGUUUGCGGUGAACUUGCGGUUGUUGUGCAGGCGAACAUUUUAUAUAAUUAACCAUUGAAAAAGUGCACCUCCCUGAGUGGCAAGGAAUGUGAAGAGACCGGCUUGAAUGAAGGAUAGAGGGUAAAUCGGAUGCUGCUGGCAGUGGACCCGCUCUCCCCAAACACAACGCCCUCUGGGCAUCCAUUCCUCUGCUCUGCUAUGCCUCCCUGUGCCUCGACUCCACACCCACACAAAAACAUGCCUCUCCUCACAAAGAGCUGCUAUUGACAUGGGUCUAAUUAUUAUUUGUUUACGAUUAUGUUCCCGAAGUCCUCUUGAUUUUUGAUGAAAGAUGCUGAGUUUUUUUUUCAUGUCCAUGCAUUUAAAUAAUAUGUGUGACUUCUAGUCAGUAUCUUAGCUGUUGACAUACUGGAUAAAUGGUGUACUAAUAGUGUAUUUGUAUGAAGUUAAGGAAAGAAAACAUCUAACAGCACUUGAAUAAAAAGCCAGCUUCACAAAAUGCUCUACAGUGUUUGAAUUGUUUAGGGCUGUGGGUGUAGAGUACACAACAUCAACAACAUAAUGUUUGUUUGUUCUUGGAUCUUUUUUAAGUAAAGUGCCAGCUAUCCUCCUGUCACAUCACCCAGUGUGUCCUGGUAUUGAGUUUGAAAGCUGGAGGAGUCAGGAGUGGCAGGACCGGCCGUUAUGCGAUGUGACAGUGACACCACCUGGUGUAUACAUACAGUAGUACAAUACAAAUCACAAGUGAGUUUCAAACCAGACAGCUCAGGAUGGGCUUUUCAUUUUAUGUCCUGGAAAAAAUGUUGCGAGGAGGUACUGGAGGUUCAUUUUA